UGGGUGGGCAGCAUGAGCAAGUUUCAGGAAGAAGUCUCCAAGACCUUGAUUCUGAGCUUGAUUUGUAUUUCAGACUGCUGGGCUGAUCGAUCCCCACUUCAUGAAGCUGCGGCCCAGGGGCGCUUAUUGGCCCUUAAAACCUUACUUACACAAGGUGUCAAUGUGAACCUUGUGACAAUUAACCGGGUUUCUUCUCUACAUGAGGCAUGCCUUGGAGGUCAUGUGGCCUGUGCUAAAGCCUUACUGGAAAAUGGUGCACACGUCAAUGCAGUGACAGUUCAUGGAGCCACACCCCUCUUCAAUGCUUGCUGCAGUGGCAGUGUUGGAUGUGUCAGUGUGCUGCUGGAGUUUGGAGCCAAGGCCCAGCUCGAGGUGCACCUGGCUUCACCCAUCCAUGAGGCAGUAAAGAGAGGUCACACACAGUGCAUGGAGAUUCUGCUGGCAAAUAAUGUUAACAUUGACCAAGAAUUGCCUCGUCUUGGGACUCCCCUGUAUGUGGCCUGCACUUUUCAGCAAGUAGACUGUGUGAAGAAACUUCUAGACUUAGGAGCCAGUGUGGACCAGGGCCAGUGGUUGGACACCCCCCUCCAUGCUGCAGCAAGGCAGUCCAGUGUGGAGGUCAUCGACCUGCUAACCAGCUAUGGGGCUAACUUGAAGCGCAGAAACUCUCAAGGCAAGAGGGCACUGGAUGUGGUGGCUCCAAAAAGCAGGAUGGAGAAGGCGCUCCUGCGCCACAGAGGUCCAUCUGAUCUUUCUCAGCUCUGUCGUCUGUGUAUCCGGAAAUGCCUGGGUCGAGGAUGUCUUCAGUCUGUCCACAAACUACAACUGCCUGAGCCUCUCAAACGAUUCCUCCUAUACCAAUAGUCCUAGCUGUCCAUGAGAAGAUACUUGUAAAUAAACAGGUUGUUGUCUGCUGUGCCCAGGGUACCUAGUAUAGAUGCUCAAUAGCUAGAUUCUGUAUCUUCAAAUGAGCUUGUCCAAUGAGAGUAAAUCCCUGGUGAACCAGAACCCUUGGGGAGUAAAAUCUCCUGGUUGGUUUAAGGUUCUCAUUAACCAAGGGACAAUCAGAAACCUGUUUUUUAGUUAUUGUUAAAAAAAAAAACUUUAAAACAUUUGAAGUAGAGUGAAAAUAAUCGGCUAUUUUUUGUUGAUUCAGGAUCUUCAAGUACCUAAGGGUCAACUUUCUGAAAAUUGAUUAUAUAGACACAGGGUGGGUAAGAUUAUAGCUUACAAGAGUUAUUGUCAUUGGUUCAGUGACAAUAGGAAUGUUAUCUUUUUUUUUUUUUUUUGGAGAGGUUUUUCGCUAUAGGGUGUGU